ACCCGCCUUGGCCUCCCAAAGUGCUGGGAUUACAGGCAUGAGCCACCGCUCUAUGUAUAAUUCUUAUUAGCUCUAUAUCUGAAGUGUUAUUGUGAAUCUUCCAAUUCAAGUUAACUUUUUUUCCUUUUGUUUACUUUUUCUCCCAUGGUCUGUCUCCAUACAGCAGCCAGAAGGAUCUUUCUGAACUGUACAUCUAAAAUAGGCCUCACAGGUAUUAAGCUGGAAAAGGGAGGUUCUAGGAGUCCCUAGACCACUCUUGGAGAAUUGCUGCUCUACUGUAUCUUGAGCCAUCUACAAGAGUGUCUGAUGCUUUGUAGUUACACAGUCAUGUUUGUUAAUUGUCAUACUGACUGGUCUUAAAUUUUGGACUCUGGAUUCAGCCGUAUACCAGAAUUCUCUGGCCAGAUUAAUUCAUACAAGAUAGCAUCCCUCCUUUAGCUGUGGAAGCUAAGUAUCAUGUUGCCUAAAUAAGAUGGGGCAUCAGGGUUUAGGGAGAAUGCUGAGGGAGAAGAAAGAUGGGUCAGAUUAGGCCCUACAGAUAUUCCUUUCCCUUAGAGAUACCCUUGAGUUACCGUGCCUCUGUCAGAGAAAUAGAGCGGCUGGGUCAGACCAGGUUACAAAUCCAGGAAGUCUUCUGAAGGGUCACAGAACAACCUUAUUGCUUUGGCUACUUUCUUUUCUUAGAUGAAUCUAGGAAGGAGUGUCUACUUGGACUGCAAAGUGAUCAUUUAUGUGUACUCCUUACUCUUGCUGAUUACAGUGAAGAGUGAUAAUAAUUGCACAUGUUGUAUUAGAUCAGCUAUUGCUAUUGUUAGAUGAUUACAACUUACAUUCUGUUUUUAUAAAAGCAGGCUUCUUAGUUUUCUGCACAGGUAACCAACCUGGUUAUAAUAUAAAAGAAUGUAUAGAAAUUUUGCUACAGACCUUCCUUUGUGGUGUAUAUUUUUAUGUUGUAUUAGUAGCAGGACCCAGUGCUCCAUAAAGGAUAAUAGUUUCCAGUACACUAUUCCUCAUGAUGACUCCUUAAGUGGUUCAUCAUCUGCCUCUUCGUGUGAACCAGUGAGUGAUUUUCCAGCAUCUUUUCGAAAAUCUACCUACUGGAUGAAGAUGAGAAGGAUCAAGCCAGCUGCUACUUCUCAUGUUGAAGGGUCAGGUGGAGUAUCAACCAAGGGAAAAAGGAAACCCAGGCAGGAAGAAGAUGAAGACUAUCGAGAAUUUCCUCAGAAGAAGCAUAAGCUUUAUGGGAGGAAGCAACGGCCUAAAACUCAGCCCAAUCCCAAAUCCCAGGCUCGUCGCAUUCGGAAGGAACCACCAGUUUAUGCAGCAGGCAGUUUGGAGGAGCAGUGGUACUUAGAAAUCGUUGAUAAAGGCAGUGUCUCCUGCCCUACCUGCCAGGCAGUGGGGAGGAAGACCAUAGAGGGUUUAAAGAAACACAUGGAAAACUGCAAGCAGGAAAUGUUUACUUGUCAUCAUUGUGGGAAACAACUUCGUUCACUGGCAGGGAUGAAGUAUCACGUCAUGGCAAAUCAUAAUAGUUUGCCCAUUUUGAAAGCCGGAGAUGAAAUAGAUGAGCCAAGUGAGAGGGAACGGCUCCGAACAGUUCUUAAGAGACUGGGAAAGCUCAGGUGCAUGCGUGAGAGUUGCUCCAGUAGCUUCACCAGCAUCAUGGGAUAUCUCUACCAUGUCAGAAAAUGUGGCAAAGGGGCUGCAGAGCUGGAAAAGAUGACCCUGAAAUGUCACCACUGUGGAAAACCAUAUAGGUCGAAGGCUGGACUUGCGUAUCACCUGAGGUCAGAGCAUGGGCCUAUCUCCUUCUUUCCAGAGUCAGGACAGCCAGAGUGCUUAAAGGAAAUGAACCUAGAGUCAAAGAGUGGGGGCCGAGUUCAGAGACGUUCUGCCAAGAUAGCUGUAUACCACCUGCAGGAGCUGGCCUCUGCUGAACUGGCCAAGGAAUGGCCCAAGAGGAAGGUGCUUCAGGACCUGGUGCCUGAUGAUCGAAAGUUAAAAUAUACUCGCCCAGGGCUACCUACCUUCAGCCAGGAAGUACUACAUAAAUGGAAGACAGAUAUCAAGAAGUAUCAUCGUAUUCAGUGUCCUAACCAGGGUUGUGAGGCUGUCUACAGUAGUGUAUCUGGCCUUAAAGCUCACCUGGGCUCUUGUACAUUGGGAAACUUUGUGGCUGGAAAGUAUAAAUGUCUUCUAUGUCAGAAAGAAUUUGUGUCAGAAAGUGGUGUCAAGUAUCACAUCAACUCUGUCCAUGCUGAGGAUUGGUUUGUUGUAAACCCAACAACAACCAAAAGCUUUGAAAAGCUGAUGAAGAUAAAGCAGCGGCAGCAAGAAGAAGAAAAGCGGAGGCAGCAGCACAGGAGCAGAAGGUGUCUAAGAAGGCGGCAGCAGCCUGGCAUUGAGCUUCCCGAGACAGAGCUGAGUCUUAGAGUAGGGAAGGAUCAGAGGAGGAAUAAUGAGGAACUGGUAGUGUCAGCCUCCUGUAAGGAACCAGAGCAGGAGCCAGUGCCAGCACAGUUCCAGAAAGUAAAGCUCCCAAAGACUAAUCAUAAACGAGGAAGGAAAUAGGCAGUCAGUAUAAAAGCGCUCUUAGGAAAGCAGAUGUGAUGUUGUUGUCACGGGGACCUGUGCUGGGAGGACUGAGUGAAGAUUCUUUCAGCUGUUUGUGUAAGGCUGUGACUUUCUCAGCUCCUUCCUCCUGUGUAAAUUUCAGUCUUCCCUUCUUACACUUUGAUUCCCUCCUCCCCUUUUAGUAGGUUUUCCUGCUAUUCCUCGUGGAGUCCUCUUGUUUUUUUUCUGAUCUUGCCCAAAGAGCUCCCUUUCAAGGCCAACUAUAGGCUCCUCUUGUUCUGUACAAAACUAAGAAACCUCUUUGGUUGUCCUUUCCUUCCUGGGGUAUAGAAUGUUCUUGGAAGCUCCAUUGAUUUAGUAGCUGCUCCAUCAUCUAGCUUGUGAAAUCAUUCCAAACUAAUUUUUUAAAACCAUAACUGAUUUAUCAUUUUGUAUUUGUGAUAUAACAAGUCUAGAAGCUAGAACUGUUGUCAUUCAUAUAAUAAGAUUACCCUGUCUCCUUGGGAAACAAAUUUUAUGGUGGCUAUUUGUCCUCUCAAUAUAGUUUUAAGUAAAAAAGUAAGAAAAUGGAUUUAGGAUGAACUUCCCCAUGCUGUAAUUUAUAUGGGAAAUGCUUUGUUUGUGCCAAGUAGCAGUGACUAGACCCACAGACGUGAAAAGCAGCCUUAGGAGUAAUGUGUCCCCAAACAUUAAAAUGACUGGAAAGAAAAAGUAAAAGCAGCAAUAAAUACUGCUCCAACUUUCCUGGAGCCUGAGGCCUCAUCCAUUCUGAAGGUGAAGCCUGAGGCCUUCACCCUCUGAAGCUUAUUUUUGCUUUGGUUUUAAGAAUUGAGAAAUAUCACAUUGUCCUUGACAUUUUGACAGUCUCCUAGUGCUCCUGGUAGUGGCACUAAGGGAAAACCAAGGUGCGCAUUCCUUCUCCCUGGACUUUACCUCACUUGUUAGUCUACACCCUACUAAGUUUUCACCCAUCCCCUUAGCCAACCUCUGUCUGAAUUUUCUGAGAAUAUUGUCCUCUGUCCUCUUUUAUAUAUGGCGUUCUAUCCUCUUUAUAUCCUGAGACUUUGACACCAGAUGUAGAUAUUUAUCUGGAGCUGGAAAGAAAAAUUCUUUUUCUGUACCUCAUACCUACCUGGUAAUGUUUAAUGGGUUAUUUCUCUUUGAGAGUGGCUUUCUCUGGAACAUUGGUUAGAGCAGCAUUGUUGUCGUGUUUCUGGAUUCUCUUCCCCCUUUUGCAUAAAUAUUGGUCUUAUAUAUUCUUGCCUAUUUUGUGGCAUGUGCCACAUACAAAAUGAACCCUGAUACAGACAAAUACUACCUUUUCAAAUUCUGAAAGGCUAUUACCACUUUAACUCUGUGUGCUCCUCCAAAUAGCUUUAAAAUGUGGGCUUUUGUGAAGACCACUUUCAAACAAGGGAGCAUUGAAACCUGAAAUUGGAUACUGCCAGAAUAGGUAGUUUUGAAACAAGUUAAGGACAUGGUAUAUCCACUCUGCAUUUUCAUUGGCAGUGUGCCCUUAAAGCCCUUUCAGAAGAUGAGGGUUAUCAGGGAGGAGAAAUGAAGAAGCUAUGUUAAUUUCUGGUGAGUAAGACCUGGGUAAUGUUUGGCAAUGACAAAAGAAAUAAAUGACUCUCAGAAA